AUGUCCUACAGCGAUGCCGUCAGCAGCUCUGCCAAAGCAGCGGCUCCCAGGAAGGGCUUCAAGUUGGUUCUCCUGGGUGAUGCCUCCGUGGGGAAGUCCAGCAUCUUGCUCAGAUUCCUUCACAACAAGUUUUCUGAAGAAAUCGCAACGACCGUGGGCGCUGCCUUCAACACGAAAACUAUCGAGUCGAAAGGGCGCCAGGUCAAGUUCGAGAUCUGGGACACCGCAGGUCAGGAGCGCUUUCGCAGCCUGGCGCCGAUGUACUACAGGGGCGCUUCUGCAGCGAUCGUGGUCUAUGACCAGACCAAUGCCGUGACCUUCGAUCGAGCACAGGAGUGGGUUCGAGAGGUCAUGUCAACCUCCACCAAUCCAAACAUCGUGAUCGCGCUCGCAGCGAACAAGGCGGACAUGGAGUCCAAGCAGCAAGUCCCCUGGGAGAAGGCAGAGAGGUUUGCUCAACAGCAAGGCCUGUUCCUCCUGGACACAUCUGCGAUGACUGGGAAGAACGUCCUGCGGCUUUUUGAGGGCAUAGCUGAACUGCUGCCUGAUGAGCCUUUCAUGCCUCAGCAGCGCGGGCUGCAAGUUUUAACAACACCGACGACCACUAACGCCACGGCGGCGACUGACCAGAAAGCCUCUGCAAGGAGCAGAUGUUGCUAG